ACAGGGGAGUAUUUAACUUGAGUGUCUCGGUGCGCUGGAGUCAGUAACUCUGCAGUGGUCUCUCUACUCUAACAGACAAGAUGGAAUUCCGGGACAUAUGGCGGUACCAUCGCCUCAUUCUCAUCCUCCUCACCCCCCUCGCACUGCUGCCCCUGCCCCUAGCGAUCGGAGACAAGGUUUCAGAAUGUGCCUUCGUCUUGCUGGUGAUGGCCGUGUACUGGCUGAGCGAGGCUCUGCCCGUCGCCGUAACCGCCCUGAUUCCAGCCAUGUUCUUCCCCCUGUUUGGCAUCAUGAAGUCAUCUGAGGUGGCAGCGACGUUCUUCAAAGACUUCCACAUGCUGCUGACGGGUGUCAUUUGCCUGGCCACCGCCAUAGAGAAGUGGGGGCUUCACAGGAGGAUCGCCCUCGGCCUCAUCAAUUUUGUCGGGGUCAUACCUGGAAGACUAAUGCUGGGCGCCAUGGUGGGCUGUGGCUUCCUGUCGAUGUGGCUGAGCAACACCUCCGCCACCGCCAUGGUGAUGCCCAUCAUAGAGGCCGUCAUCAAGCAGAUGAUCUCCGCCGAGGGCGAGGCCAGCGACCAGCGCAGGCGGGCGCUCACGGGCACCUCCAACCUGGCCCUGCAGCUCGACGAAAUUGUGAAACAGGAUGAGAAGCCAGCAGAAAAAUACAGUAUGGAGCCGUCGCCAGCAGACGAGAAAGUUGACAUCACCCUUGAGAAACCUGAUCCAGAGUGUGAAGGCUCAGAGAUGGAGUCGGAGCCCCCACCCGCUGGAGGGAACACGAUCUACCGUACCAAGCAGGACCACAUGAUGUGCAAAGGCCUGGGCCUGGCGAUCGCCUACUCUGCCUCUAUUGGUGGCAUGACCACGCUGCCGGGGACGUCCACCAACCUGAUCUUUGCGGAGUACAUGCGAGAAUAUUAUCCUGGCUGUGACUUGAUCAACUUCGGAAACUGGUUCAUUUUCUGUUUACCGAUUAGCAUCCUUGUGCUUCUGUUGUCCUGGGUGUGGCUGCAUUGGCUGUAUCUGGGCUCAAAUUUCCGGUCAGUGUUCAGGUUCAAAUCAUCCUACACAGAGAAAGAGAAAUCCAUCGCCAGGGUGCUCAAGGAUGAGUACGAUUCCCUGGGACCUAUUAGUCGUCAAGAGAUCAUCACCAUGGUGAUUUUCAUCGUCAUGGUGGUGCUGUGGUUCACCAGAGAGCCAGGCUUCAUGCCGGGAUGGGCGGAACUGUUUCCUGACUAUCCUGGCUUUGCCUCCGAUGCCACUGUGGCCCUGCUCUUAGGUCUGCUCUUCUUCAUCAUCCCAGCUCAAAAAACCACUGAAAGCUACGAAACCUUGAUAUCUUGGAAGGACUUCCAGGCGUGUAUGCCCUGGGAGAUCUGCCUUCUGGUGGGAGGAGGCUUUGCACUGGCUGAGGGAACACAGAUCUCUGGUCUGUCCACCUUUGUGGCUAACCUGCUCGUGCCUCUGGGACAGUUGCCAGCUCCUGCCACCAUCACCAUUGUGUGCAUCAUCGUCACCUCCAUCACUGAGGUGGCCAGCAAUGCUGCCACCAUGACCAUCUUCCUGCCCAUACUGGGGCCCAUGGCCGAGAGUAUCCAUGUGAACCCCCUCUACAUGCUCAUCCCGGCUGCACUGUGUGUGUCCUUCUCCUUCCUCCUGCCCUCUGCAAACCCUCCCAACGCCAUCGUCUUCAGCUACGGCCAUCUCACCACCUUAGACAUGGUGAAAGCUGGCGUUGGUGUGAAUGUGAUUGGCGUCCUGGCGGUGUUACUGUGCACCAUGACCUAUGGCAUGCCGCUGUUUGACCUGGGAACCUACCCUGACUGGGCGCCCAACCAUGGAUCAUCUAACAACACCGGCCUUACACUCUUCCCACACUGACACCCCCGGGCCUUUGCAUAUAGCUGGCUACUUUGAUAAACUGACAUUUUAUCCCUCCGUCUUCCAAAAAUAACUUUGUUCACACACCAUCGGUGAAUCCGUGUAAUCCGUGGUGUUGAGAGAUAUCAAGAAUACCUCCAGCCUGUGGGACAUAUGAACCCAUUGAUGCUGGAUGCGGUGCACCACAACAUUGACCCAGGCACCUGAAGCCGCAGGGAUGCAACAUUCAGGCUCAUGAGAUUUGAGAUUUUAUUUAUUAAAAAUGUUGGUAUGUUAGAGCUGAAUGUUCAUCCUAAUGCAACUUAUAGAUUGUUUUUAUGUGCUUUGGAGGCUGCGAUAUUUACAUUUGUAUAGGGUGAGGGCACCUUUUUCCAUAGGGAGCUUAGGCAUUUAGCUAGCGUUUUUCUGCAAGUGCUUUAGGCAUUAGUGGGUUAACUUAGCAUAGCAUGCCAAUACAUACCAAACGUGGAAAAACGUUACAUGGUGUGCCUAUAUGUUGAGUUUGAAAACAGGUACUACCACCAAGGUAACAAUCGGUCAACAGGCCUUAGUCCUGACUGACAACCAUUUCCACUCAAAUUUCAGAUGGAUGCAUUUUAAAGAGUAACUGCAUCCCUAAAACAUAACUACAAAUACCUAGCAAGGAAAGGAAGGAAGGAAGGCAGGAAGGAAGGAACGGGCAUUUGAAGAGGAAGGAAAGGGAAGGAAACAUUUCUGGGAAGAAUAAUGGACAAUGUGAACUCUCUGGGGUGAAUCGAAAACUCUUUGGUAUGAUAUAGGCCUAUUCUUGUACAUUUUGGUGCAUGUAAAUGUCCCCAUGUCCCCAUUUUCGUGCCUACAAAAGCCCCCAAGUCCCCAUACAGGCCUUAUAGUUUGGCAUGCCCUUGAGAAAGCCUUAGAGCUUUUUUGUUUUACCAAUACAGCCUGCUCACCGCAGACUCUUGAAAAAGGUGGAAUAUAAUGUAUAGAAAUGUAUAGUAGUUUUUGCUCUGUAAUGUCUGCCGUGUACUGUAUAUUUUGACGGAUUGUGUUGCGAUUUCUAUUGACAAGUGUGUGCAGCUGUAACUCAUUUGUGUGAGGAUGAUUUGUGUAUGUACAUUUUAUAAAAGUGUGAGCACAUUUUAAUAAUACACUGUAUACAUCUUAACUUUAUUAUUAUUAUUUUUUAUUUUCUGCAUCUUUGUACAUGGCUUUGAAAGAAAACACUUUUGUAAGCAUUCCCCGGCCAGAUCAUGACUGGCCGAAUUAUGAAUGAGGAAUAAUUAGCCAAUGAUUGAGUUGUACUCAGAGGAAUUAAGAGUGAUCAGCCAAUGGAUGAGCUUUAUGCUCCAAGGGACCAUAGGGUGUUCACUAAUUGGGGUGAGGAUAAAGACACAUUGGAUAAUGGUGUUGGUGGCCGAAAUGUCACUUCACUUCAAAUAAAACAUGGAACAGAGUGUGCAGAAUUUUCUUUCUUUUUUUGAGAUCUGCUGAGUUAAUAAUUUUCAAACUUGCCUUUGUGAAGACUCAAAACAAUAAAUGCAGUAUUGCCAUGUAG